AUGGCGUCUCUCAUCGCUAGGAGGGCGUUUACCACCAGCGCCCGCAGGCUCGAGGCCGGCGCAAAGGAGCAUGUCCUCAAGCAGGAGGGCAAGAAGGACCCGGAGCUCAUGAUUCUCGGCGGCAUCAUGGUUGCUGCUUUCGCCGGUGCUGGUUUCUACUUUGGUCGCACGCCUACGUCGGCUACUUCGGAGACCAAGGUCCCUAUGGCCAAGGACGCCAUGCCGUGGGAGAGCGAGACCGCCGGCAAGUACAAGUACCACCCCGGUGGUGAUCCUAACGCUGCUCCUAAGGAUGCUCCCAGCGCUGUCAACGUUGUGGUUGUCCCCGACGUGACGCUGCCCAAGAACCUCCACGACAAGUGGAACAAAUGGGGCAAGGAGGGCUACUAA